AUGGGACGAUUGGUUGGUUUGGAAAUAAAUAACUUCAAGUCAUAUAAAGGUACCGCUUCGGUGGGAUUUGGCUCUUCAAAUUUUACAUCUAUUAUAGGUCCAAACGGAUCGGGUAAAUCAAAUAUGAUGGACGCCAUUUCGUUUGUAUUAGGUGUCAGAUCUUCUCAUUUACGCUCAAGUCAACUAAAAGAUUUGAUUUACAGAGGACGCCUUGAUGAAACGAAUGAAGAUCAUUUCCAAUCCGAAGACCCCGAAAGUGCAUAUGUUAUGGCUGUUUAUGAGAGAUCAGAUGGCGGCGUGUUGAAGUUAAAAAGAACGAUUACAUCACAGAGCAUAAGCGAAUAUCAAAUCAAUGGUAAAGCUGUUUCUGCAAUUCAAUAUGCUAAUGUCUUGCAGAAGGAAAAUAUUCUAAUUAAGGCUAAGAACUUCCUUGUUUUUCAAGGUGAUGUUGCCAGAAUUGCAUCUCAAUCUUCCGAAACGUUGACAAAUUUAGUUGAAUUAAUUAGUGGAUCGGUUGAAUUAAGAACUGAUUAUAAUCGCUUAGAUGAAGAAAGGCAAAAUGCACAUUCUGAUACAGCGUUGUGUCUUACGAAAAGAAGAUCCAUCAAGGAUGAAUUGAGAGGAUAUAAAAGACAAUGCCGACAAAUAGAUGAGUUUGAUAAGAAGACGGAACUUCUUACUAAAUUAAACAGAAAAAGGGCUAUUGCCAAACUAUUUUUUAACGAUAAAGACAGAAGGGCAGUUUUAAAAGAGAUAAACGAUGAGAACAUAAGUGCUCAGAGACUCAAAACCCAACUUCAAGACAAAGAAAAGGAACUUAGAAAUUUCAUGCACUCUGGAGAUCAUAUAAAUUACAGAGAUAUUGAUAUUAAAGUUGACGCAAAUAAAUCCAUGAUAUCACAAAAACGAAUUGCUUUAAUUCCGAUUGAUUCUGAAGUUCUGGAACUUGAAAAAAGAUUAUCUGAGUAUGAUAGUAGGCUACAAACAUUGAAUGUUGAACGUGAUGGACAGGAUUUGAAGGUUAAGCAGAUCAAAUUAGAGCUGAGUAAGAUUAAGAAGGCUUACAAUAAUUUUUUAAAACAGAAGAAGGAAAAAAUCGAGAUAUCUAAAAAUGAUGGAUUAGAUCCGCAAGCUCCACUUGAAUAUGAAAAACUAAGAGAGAAAUUCUUGAUGAAGGGUGGGCAUACAGAAUCAAAGCUAGAAACUUUGAUGUCUGAUAAGGAUUCACUAUCCUUUAAAAUUAAAGAUCAAGAGUCACGCUUGCAAGCCUAUGGCUCUCGAAUUCAAGAAUUUGAAACGGAGCAAGCAGAAAUUAACGGUAGAUUAAGAAAUAGGAAAUCCACGGUGAAAAUAUUGACUUCGCAGAUAAGAGAGAAAAGGCAUCAGUUAAAUUCAAUUCGUUCUUCAAGGGAUACUAUACAGCACGAAAAAUUUGAGUCGAUCACAAAGUUGAAAAGUAUCCUUUUAAAAAUAAAUGAAAUGGGAUCUCUUGCACGAGAGAAUACCAAAGAAAAGAAACUUCGUGAGAAUUGUGCUGCUCUUAAACGAUUGUUUCCAGGUGUUCACGGAUUAUUCAGCGAUAUAUGUCAUCCCAAACAAAAGAAAUAUGACCUUGCUGUUUCCACUGCAGCUGGUCGCAAUAUGGAUGCCUUAAUCGUUUCAAACAUUUCUGUGGCAGCUCAAUGCGUUAACUACCUAAAAGAGCAACGGGCAGGAUUUGCUACUUUUAUCCCAUUAGAUUCUGUUACAGCGAAAUUCAACGGUCCUAUCUAUCGAAAUAUUUCAAAGUCUAUAAUUCCAGUGGUGGACGUGGUCCAAUAUGAUCCUGCGUUUGAAAAUGCAAUCAAAUAUGCUUUUGCAAAUACAUUAAUAUGUGAUGAUUUGGCUACAGCCACGUCUCUACGUUGGGAUAGAAAUUUACAGGUUAAAGUUGUUACAAUUGACGGUGCAUUAAUACAGGAGUCCGGUGUAAUGACGUCUGGAGAAAAUUCCAAUAGCUCUCAAAGAUGGGAUAAGGCUGAGCUUAACUCUCUUCUAACAGAAAAAGCCGAGUUAAAAUCCAGAAUAGAAGAAUUAACUCGGCAAGAGCCAAGCGAACUUUUAGAUAAAAAUUUGCUGAGUGCCUUGGAUAAAUUGGAAAGGGAAAUACCUGAUUUAGUAGACUCUCAAGAAACAUUAGAACGAUCACUUAGGGAUAAAUCUGCUGAGAUAAAAGAGCAGAAAAAACAAGCGUCACUUUUGCGAAAGAAAAUUGACGAGGCUAUUGAGAACACACUAAAACCGUUAGAGAGAUCUAUCAAGGAGACAGAAGUGGAGCUAAACCUUAUUCAAUCUACAGUCUAUAGUCAAUUUUGCGAGAAAUAUAAUUUUGGAAGUAUCUCAGAAUAUGAGUCAAAAUAUGGAUUGGUGAUUAAUCAUUCUCUCAAGGAACAAGUCAGCUUUAAGAAAGAGGUAAAGCGAUUGACGGCUAGAUUCGAUUUUGAGACGGAUCGAUUAGCGGAAUAUGACGGAAGAAUUCAAAAGCUAAAUUCAGAUCGAGAAAAAAUGAUAGCUGAUUCCAAAAGGUUGACGAAAGCUAAGGAUGAAUUAGAGGAGAUAAUUGAUAAACUUGAAAGUGAAACAGAAGUGCUAGAAGAGGAAUACAUAGAUACAAGAAGCAAAAUUAAGGAAAUAACUGAUGAAUCAAGUGAACUAAAGUCUAUAAUUCAUGAACUCAAAUUAAAGCUAACAAAUAUAAACAAGAAAAUUCAAACAUUGCAGGAACGCGAGGAGAAAACCCAAAUGGAUGAAUUUGGCAUUCUAAAAAGUUGCAGAAUGGAAAAUGUUGUGAUUCCUUUGAAAUCUGGUUCUCUCGAAGAUAUACCCUUAGAUAAUAACGAGCGCAUCGAAGGAGAGGAUACCGAUGCUACAAUGCUCCAAAUUAGAAGUAUAGUCGACCAUAUCAAAGUCGAUUAUAGACAAUUGGAUCAAAAAUAUAAGAGGGGUGAUCAGAUUACAGCUCUGAAGGAAAUUACAGAUGAAAUCAACUUGUUACACGAUGAGUUGGAAUUGAUAAAUCCAAAUAUGAAUGCACGAGAUCGGUUGGAAGAAACAGAGGACAAGCUUAAAAAAAUAGAGUCUGAACUUUUAUCCUUGAAAGAUCAUGAAAAGAAUAUUGCUUCGGAGUUUGAGCAAGUCAAGAGUUGCAGAUAUCACAAAUUCACAGAGGCCUUCAAAUAUAUAUCAGAGAGAAUAGACUCUAUUUACAAAGAUCUCACAAAAUCAGAUAUAGCACCUUUAGGUGGUUCAGCAUAUUUAACCUUGGAAAACGACGAGGAACCAUACCUUGCGGGCAUUAGAUAUCAUGCCAUGCCACCAAUGAAACGUUUCAGAGAUAUGGAGUUGCUUUCAGGUGGUGAAAAGACGGUUGCUGCUUUAGCACUUCUCUUUGCCGUUCAUUCUUACCAUCCAUCACCAUUUUUUGUCCUAGAUGAGAUUGAUUCCGCUCUUGAUAAUGCAAAUGUCGACCGAGUUGCUAGGUAUAUUGUGGAGCAUGCGGGUCCAGAAUUUCAAUUUAUUGUUAUCAGUUUGAAAAGCCAGCUAUUUCAAAAAAGUGAUGCUUUGGUCGGAAUAUAUAAAGAGCAUGAACUUAAUUCGUCUAAAACGAUGACUUUAGAUUUAAGGAAGUAUUCCGAUGCGGGUGUUGCAUAA